CCACACCCGCCGCCGCCAUGGGUCGCGCGCGCCGCCGGCACAACUGGAGGGCGCGGGUGGCGGCGCGCGGUGCUGCGCCGGCACAGCCCCGGGAGCAGUCCUGGGAGCAGCCCCUGCCCGCGGAGCUGCAGCUGGGAGAUGGAGCAACGCUGAAGGGAGUUGACGAAAGUAAUGCCCUAGUCCUGCCAUCAAAAAAAGUAAAGCCAAAAAAAGCACCGAGUACUGUGCAACACCACAAGAAACCCCUGAGCAAGAAACAGAAGAAGAACUUGCAGAAAAUUUUAGAGCAUAAGGAGAAGAAAAAGCAGCGAGCUGAACUGCUCAGCAAGCUGAAUGAGGUCCAGGCUUCUGAGGCUGAAAUGAAGCUUCUGUAUGCUACGUCCAAACUGGGCAUUGGGGAACGCAUGUAUCAGGCCAAAAGGGUGGUGCAGGAGCCAGGGAGUGCUGUACCUGAAAAGAUAAGGAGCAUCAGUGGUGCAAACAAGAGAAGGCACAGCUCAGAAUCUGAGCCUGAGGAAGAAUCCAGUAGUGAGGAAGAGAAGGAAGAACAUAAACAAGAAACUGAGAAGUCUUCAGCCAGAGAUUUGAAUGCUUCUGAAAAGCCAGAGGAAGGCACAAAGAAGCCAUUGGCUAACCAACAGGCUGUUCCUGCUGCUCCAGUUUGCCAGACAGCAUCCAACAAACUGUCUUGCAAGCCUGUGAUGUUCAUUCCUGUGGACAGGUCUCCUGAGAUUCAGGAAGCAAGACUAAAGCUGCCAAUCCUAGCUGAAGAGCAAGUAAUCAUGGAAGCCAUUAAUGAGAAUCCCGUUGUCGUCAUAUGUGGAGAGACAGGAAGUGGUAAAACCACUCAAGUACCCCAGUUUCUCUAUGAGGCUGGUUAUACCAGUUCAAAUGGUACCAUUGGGAUCACCGAGCCUCGCCGUGUGGCUGCAGUGUCCAUGUCUCAGCGAGUUGCUAAGGAAAUGAACUUGUCCCACAGAGUGGUUUCAUAUCAAAUACGAUAUGAAGGAAAUGUUACAGAUGAAACACAAAUCAAGUUCAUGACAGAUGGCGUACUGCUGAAAGAAAUUCAGAUGGAUUUUCUGCUUUCAAAGUACAAGGUAGUUAUUAUUGAUGAAGCCCACGAAAGAAGUAUGUACACGGAUAUCUUGAUAGGCCUCUUGUCUCGCAUUGUGCCUCUUCGUGAGAAGAAAGGACUGCCACUGAAGCUGAUCAUCAUGUCAGCUACCCUUCGUGUUGAAGAUUUCACAAAGAACAAAAGGCUGUUUUCUGUUACGCCUCCUGUUAUUCAGGUAGAUGCAAGGCAAUUCCCUGUAACUGUCCAUUUUAACAAGAAAACCCCCCUAGAUGACUACAGUGGGGAAUGCUUCAGAAAAGUGUGUAAAAUCCAUCGAAUGCUACCCUCAGGUGGGAUUUUGGUGUUUUUAACAGGCCAGGCAGAAGUUCAUUCUCUCUGUAGGAGGCUAAGGAAAGCCUUUCCCUUCCAAAAAACCAACAAUGCAGGAGUUGAUGAUGACAGAGAAGAAUCAGUAGAAGAAAUCAGAAAAUUUAAGAAAUCGAGGAAGCGGAAGAAAGCUAUGGUACUUCCCCAAAUUGAUCUGGACAAUUACUCUGUUGUACCAGUGGAUGAAGGAGAUGAAGACAGAGAUGCUGAAACUGAUGAUGAUAUUGUAGGAUCUGAUACUGACCUUGAUUUAGGAGAUGGAGACUCGGAAGAAGAUGAGAAACCAGAUUCGUCCCUUCCACUCUAUGUGCUCCCUCUCUAUUCUUUACUAGCACCAGAGAAACAAGCAAAGGUGUUCAGGCCUCCUCCUCCUGGCACGAGACUCUGUGUGGUAGCUACCAACAUAGCAGAAACAUCGCUCACUAUCCCAGGCAUCAAAUACGUGGUUGACUGUGGAAAAGUCAAGAAACGUUUCUAUGACAAAAUUACUGGGGUUUCAUCUUUCAGAGUCACCUGGAUAUCUCAAGCUUCAGCUAACCAGCGGGCAGGUCGGGCUGGCCGGACUGAACCGGGGCACUGUUACAGGUUAUAUUCUUCAGCAGUCUUCAUGGACUUUGAGAAAUUUUCUGCUCCGGAGAUAACAAAGCGACCAGUGGAAGACCUGAUUCUGCAAAUGAAGGCACUGAAUAUAGAAAAGGUAAUCAACUUCCCGUUCCCAACACCACCUCCAGCGGAAGCACUUGCAGCAGCUGAGGAGUUACUGAUAGCUCUGGGUGCCUUGAAGGAGCCCCCUCUGACAGGAAGGCUAAAGGAACAGCAGGCAGCAAAGCUGAGUUGCCCUAUUAGUCCCCUGGGUAGAGUAAUGGCAACUUUUCCUGUAGCUCCCCGCUAUGCAAAGAUGCUGGCAUUAAGCAAGCAGCAUGACUGCCUGCCUUACACCAUUACCAUAGUGUCUGCAAUGACCGUUCGGGAGCUUUUUGAAGAGUUUGACAGGCCAGCAGUGAGUGAGGAAGAGACAGCAAAGCUGAAGGGGAAGAAAGCAAGGCUUUUACAGAUUCAAAAGAUCUGGGCUGGACAAGGGGCAUUGCAAAAGCUUGGAGACCUCAUGGUGAUGUUAGGAGCAGUGGGGGCCUGUGAAUAUGCUGGGUGUAGUCCUAAGUUCUGUGAAGAAAACGGGCUCCGAUACAAAGCCGUGCUGGAAGUCAGGCGCUUGAGGGGGCAGCUAACAACAGCAGUGAACUCAGUCUGUGCUGAUACUGGCCUCUGUGUUGAUCCAAAGAUGAAGCCCCCAACAGAGGCUCAAGCAACUUACUUGAGACAGGUUGUGUUAGCAGGGCUGGGGGACCACCUUGCUCGAAGGGUUCAGGCAGAAGAACUCCUGGAUGAAAAGUGGAAGAAUGCCUACAAGACUGCCCUUCUGGACGACCCAGUGUUCAUCCAUCCAAGCUCUGUCCUCUUCAAGCAACUCCCAGAGUUUGUGGUGUACCAAGAAAUUGUUGAGACUACCAAACUGUAUAUGAGAGGUGUGUCUGCAGUCGAACCCGAGUGGAUUCCUGCCCUGUUGCCGCCAUACUGCCACUUUGGGAAGCCUAUGGAAAAUCCUCCUCCAUCUUACUGCCCAGAAACGGGCAGAAUUCGAUGCCACAGGCCAAGUGUCUUCUAUCGAGCUAGCUGGCAGCUCCCUGCUGUGGAAGUUGAUUAUCCAGAAGGUAUUGAUCGCUAUAAAUACUUUGCCAGGUUCCUGCUUGAAGGAAAGGUAAUUGAAAAGUUGGAUUCUUAUAAGCGGUGUCUGCUCUCCAGUCCUCUCAUAAUGCUGAAGACAUGGUCCAAACUUCAGCCCAGGACAGAAGCCCUCCUUCAGGCUCUAGUUGCUGAAAAAUGUGAUAAUCGUGAUGCUUUACUGGCUGCAUGGAAGAAAAAUCCUAAGUAUUUGCUUGCAGCCUAUCGUCAGUGGCUCCCUGAAGCUAUGCAUGAUGAUCUAGCCAACAGCUGGCCACCAGUACAGUAGCACUGAAGUGCCCGAGUCUGUUCCUGGGGGACUCCUUUUCUCUGGGAUGUUUUGAGAGCUUAGGUUUCCUUGGACAUCUGAUGAUGCAAAUACACUUGCUAACUGCUAGCAUAAGUGAACCAGUUGCUAACUGUGGUUUUUGGGAAGCCCACUGUGUUCUCAGAAGCUCUACCAGCUCUUUCUCUGGUGUUUUGUAAUAUUAAUGUUUGGAUAAUUCUAUCCGUUGUAUUUUGCCAAUUGUUUGCUAAAGUUUCCCUUUGGACUACAUUAGUCAUAUGGACUACAAUAAAUACGUAUCAUACUUGGCUUGGA